AUGGAUGAACACCCGGAUGGUGCUCUACACUAUGGGCACGUGGGAAGAGCUGUCUAUCUCCCUGAAGCCAAGUCUUGGACUUUUGCUCGUACUCUGGCCCGAUCUGCUGCGAUCGCAUACACUGGAGUUACGAAGACAACGGUACCGCUUCCAGUGAAUCAACCCCCCUCAGCUUCCAAUGCAGCUCGGGCGCCUCACCAGAGAUUGAUCCUGAAUGCGCACCCUGAUCUUGCCGUGUGCUGGUCUUCCAUUCGCGACGAGACCUUUUCCAAAGUUGUUGCGACAACAACCGAAUACUACGACCCUCAAGUUUCGUCGCUCCUUGAUCUCGGUCAUGCGGUGGACUAUGGAAAUGAUGAAUCGAGCUCCCGGUCCAUCCCAAUUGCAGUUGCCGUGACUGGAGAGUGUGGCAAUGCGGUUUCGUUUCGCAUGCUAGUGGAUGAUAUCACCGAAUUGCCGCGCGAGGGGUCCGCGGUGCGGAUUGCAUCGAUCGGUGACUCGGAAACAACGGAGUGGUCAAAGCGCGGUGCUCCUGUUCGUCAAGUUUGCUUUGCGCGGCCGGUCGAGGAAAAAGCAACCUGGAUGGCUGCGCGGCUUGCUGAGUCAACUACUGUUUUCCGACCUCUAUACCAGCGGGAGCCUGUGCCGCUGCAUAUCCAAGGCGAUGAUGCAGUGGCCUCUUCAAUACACUUGCGAAACUCUCGACUGGAUUCAAAUCCCGUGGUGGAGAUUUCUGCUUCGCACACAGGCGGUUUUCCGCACGCCGACGUGACCUUCAAUCCCUGGUAUCAGAGACAAUUCGCCAUCGUGGAUACCAACGGUAACUGGAGUGUCUGGGAAAUCUCUGGCCGACAACGGCGAAAAGGGGCUAAUUGGGCUGCUGCGUGUGUUAAAAAUGGUUCGCUGCCAGAAGCUGAAUACAAGCCGAGUUCCAGACAUCCUCGGCAUGAUGGUUGGGGGUCCAUUGAGUGGAUCGGCGAUGUCUGGACGUUGAUUGUCUCUGACCGUCGAUCUGUGAUGCUUUUCCAAAUGGCAGACGACCCAGUUCGAUCAAACACGGUUGAGCUGCGGAUGGCUAGGCCAUCUGAGUGGGUUUUGGACGUACGCAGAAGCUCCCACCAUGCGUCACACUUCUUUGUCUUGACAACGUCUCGGUUACUUUGGUUCGAUGUCGCAGCGGCGUCACUAGAGGAGGAUCCCAAGCCACCUCUCCGUCCUCGUCUCGCCUGGCGUCAUUUCCGCGACCCAGAGGAUACAACACUAUUCCUCGGGGAUUUACUGUUGAAGGACAAUUUGUAUCUCAUUGUAUACUCCCGGCUCACUGAACUCGUUCAAGCCUUUCUCUGCCCUUUCCAGACCGAUGAACCGACGGAGUCUGCACCCGUCCCCGACCCAUUUCUGCUCGAUGUACCAGCAGCAGAUGCCUCGAGCCAGACAGACUUCCCGGUGCACUUCUCAACAUUUGUGUUUCGAGAAGUUGCCCAUUCUUCUGCGCCGGUGGGCAGGUUGAAUUAUAAUCCUGAUCUGACCCUCAUCAAGCUUUUCUGGGCCGAUUCGCGUCGCGCCAUUCACGAAUCGGUUUUCACGGGUCCCCAGGGAAGUCGUGAUGAUGAUGAGAAUGAUAUACAUAUCGAGCGCAACGUCCUGCGGCUAAAAAAGCGCCAUCCUGGUGCCAGAAAAAAUGAGGAGCUUGAUGAGGAUGAUUUCAUCGUUGAUGACUGGGAUGAAUCUGCAGCUCCCUCAACUAGUGUUGUGUCUCGCCGGACUGCCCCUGAUGCGCCCCUUACAGAUCUUCAGUGGACCUUGAAUUUCAUGUCGGUCUAUGAUAUGGCAGUGGGGAAUCCGACAGCGAACGCCGAUGGUAAUCUGGAAACCCUCGGCAGACCUGUCGGCCAGUUACUCGAACAUUUGGAGACUCAUCUAGCUCAGCCAUGGGAUGAUCGACACACAAGUCAAACAGUGUUUGAGCUGAGCGGUGGUCGUCCUUUGCUGGAUGAUAUUGAUCAAGAUGCGCACGAUCUCAAGAGUCUUGCCUCGGCCGUCUUGUCUCGACGCUCAGAUGCGCAGGCCCAAUACCGAGUCACGAUUCUGCCAUUCCAAUUUUCUAGUCUGUUCCAUGGCAUGCCGGCUAUCUCGCCAGAAAAAGACUCGGAGCUGGAUCUUCUAGAAGUCUACGACAGACUGGUCAACGAAUGGGUAGCAAGUCUCUCACACGAUAUGCCCGCGCGCUCGCGGACUAUGAAAGCCAAGGCUGUCCGGGGGAUUGCUACGGAUCUCAUUUUAUCGCGUCUCAUACGAAUUUCCACCAUAUCUGGGGACGAAUCACCUCGUGCCGUUGUGCAGGCGAACGAGGACCGGCCCCUCGAAGAGCCGGUUGUGGGCCAGAAAACAACGGCUGACCAGCCGUCAUCGCAAAUUUCCGCAAGCCAGGCAACCUUUUUAGCAGAACAUCGACCCGAGACGUCCGAUGACCGAGCGACAGAUGGCUCAACUCCCCUGUAUAGCAGCCUCGCCUCAUUUGCCAGCUUCAAGGCUCCACGGUCGACUCCACGGAAUGUGACGAACUUGCUCUCGCACUGGCAACUGGGUGCCGACCCUGCCGCUUACCAAUGGCAGCGCACCACACAGAUGUUGGAUGAGGAGGCGCAGCGGACGUCAAGGGCCACGCCCAAACGCCGACUGCACAAGAAGCGGUCGCAAACCGUUGUGCCAGAUACCCCGUCGGUUCCGACCAUCUCGGUGCCAACGGUCCGGGCUUGGGGCAGCCAGCCAGAUAGUGCAUUACAGCUUCCCAGUAGUCAGCCCACUCUGGAUGUCCCGAUGACCCAGACAGAGCGAGGGCUAUUUGGGGGGCGCGAAGCUGCGAAGAAGACCAAGGCCAAGAAGAAGAAACGAGCGGCGGGUUUCUAG